AUGGAUCCAGUCUCGACUUUGGCUUUUUCCUGCAACGUCUUGGAUAUCAUUGAGCGCGGAUACACAUGCUGCAAGACGUUCAAGGAACUCUACCAAGCCUCGAAUGGCUUGAGCAAGCAGCGCAUCGGCAUAAUGGACGCCGUGGACAGCAUGCAGAGUGUUAUCGACGACCUCCGCAACACCCGCCUCAACGUUCCCAUGUCUCGGUCCGAGAAGGGCAAGGUCGACCAGUCCCUGCUCCUGGUGGUGUCCCGAUGCGAGGAUUUGGCCAAUGACCUCGCUGCCGCCGUCGAGAAAUGCCGCGUCAAGAAGACGGGCUCUCUUGUUUCAACCGCAAAGGCAGCUGUCCGGGCCAUGCUGUCGCAAGCAGACAUUAACAAGAUGGAGCUCGAUCUGCAGCAACGAGGCCAGACAUUGCAUGUGCUGCUCAUGACAUGCACGCAUCGCGACGUAUCCUUCGUUCUGGACCAGAUCAAGGGAACAGAAAUUCAGCAUGAGGCGCGCCACGGUCGAAUCAUGGAGAGACUGAAGGAAUUGGAACAGCAAAUGGGACCAGCGACUUUCCUCCAGCAAAUGCCGGUGGAUGCAUCCAUGGUCCGAAACCAGAUGGCCGAAGCCACCGACCUUGCCGGAGAGGCCCAGGCCAUGCUCAACAGGCAACUGAUACUUACGGGUCUUAAAUUUCUCGGAAACGACAUGCGCAUGGGCGAGGUGCACGAAGCGGCGGAUGAGACGUUUGGCUGGAUCCUCGAGGUGGCCGCCGAGAAGAGCCUUGGCGACUCGAACAACGUCACCUUUGCCCAGUGGAUGCGAAGCGGACUCGGAGUCUUUCACAUCACCGGCAAGCCAGGAUCGGGCAAGUCGACUCUAAUGAAGUACCUUGUAGACCACCCGCGAACCCCCAUACUCCUUUCAGACUGGUCCGGGCCAAAGAAGCUCGUCAUCUCCAAGUUCUUUCUCUGGAGGUUCGGAAACCGGGAUCAGAAGAGCUUCAGAGGACUGACACAGGGCUUGCUCUACGCGGCCGUUAGGUCGGCUCCCGAACUGACCGAGUUCCUGUUUCCACAAUACUGGGAUCCAGCCGGAGUCAUCUCCAAAAGUGCGCGCAUGCGAGUCAAGUUUGACAUCACCGAGCGAGACGUCGCAACCGCAUUCAAGCGCCUGGUCGAGGGAACGGUCCCAGAGAUUAUCGACCGCUUUCGGAUCUGCUUCUUCAUCGACGGUCUCGACGAGUUCGACGAGCAUCAAGGUGUCUCCUUUCUGGAGCUGCGCCGUCAGAUUCUUCAGUGGUCCUCCCGGUUGCCAGAAACCCUCAAGAUCUGCGUUUCCAGCAGACUGUGGCCCGUGUUCGAGGGCAUGGCAUCGUCCGAAUUUCACAAAAUGAGCCUUCACGAUCUCACCCGCAACGACAUCUCCAAGCUAGUCACCAACACCCUCAACAACCAUGAGAACUUCCAAAAGCUCCAGAUCACCGACCCAGUUGGGUGCCAGCGGCUUAUAGAUGAAGUCGUAAACGACGCCGAAGGUGUAUUCCUCUGGGUCACUUUGAUCUUGCGGUCCCUGGAAGACGGACUCUCCAACAGCGACCCUCUUUCCUUGCUGCAAAGCCGAGUGGCAACAACGCCGCAACAGCUCAACGCGUUCUUCAAGACGAUACUGGAUAGCAUCGACCCUCAACAUCGCCAGAGCGCGUACUAUCUCUUCGCACUGGUCAUGCGCAUGGCCGGGAGUCUUCUUUCGAGCCCAAACGGCUCGUCAGACCUUCUUGCUCAGACGCCAAAUCUGCACCCGCGAGAACUCCCGGGCAUCUCGUACGUAUCAUUGCUGGGUACCUCGUUCCUGUUCUGGGCGCUGGACGGAAAGCAGCGGGUGGACGCAGCAACAUGUUGGCCGGAGGAGAAGCUAUCCGACACCCGCGAAGAGAUGAGGGAGAAACUGAAAGUGACUGCGGUUCAAGUCAGGGGACGGUGUAAAGGGCUUUUGGACGUUGACGAGAUGAAUUCUGUCAAAUUCAUCCACCGCACCAUACCUGAAUAUCUGCAGGAGUAUCUCGGUGCGAGGUUGCACGAGUAUGGGAUGAGUGAUGAGAGAGUUGGCCAGAUCUUGGUUUGGAUGUUGCUAGCGGAGGUGAAGUACCUGGGAAUCUAUGAUCUCAAUGCGAUGUGGGAGGGGGAGGCACGACCAAAGAAAAAGGUGGAGUUGAAGGAGAUUGAGGAAGCAGUACCGAGUAUUCGCAAGGACGAAGACGACGACAAAGACGGAGACAACCUUGGAAACAACACCCCUGGGGAGGAAGAGCUCGAUCGUGUCCAGAACUUUGUCGCCGAACUGGAGAGCAAGGAACCGAUCCAAGAUGCUAACCUCAUAUCCGACUACCGUAAGCGUCGAGCACAGAUCCAUAUGUCAGAAUAUACCAACUGCAAUGAGGAGACCCCUUUUUCCCAGCCCUCAGUGACACACCCCUGGCUCCGAAACUGCACCCCAACCAUGACACGCUUCGGCUAUAUCAUGAGCCGCCUACGACAGGCCGAUCUUUCAAACCAGGAGGCAACCUUCUCCAUUCUCGAUGCAUUAGAGACUGAAACCAGCCUCGCCCAGUGGUCCAUCUCCGAACCACCAGACUACCUCUGGGCCAUGGUUCGGGAGCCCUACUUUCAAGAGUCCUUGCGCAGAGGACCUUCGCACAUUGCAACAUACUCCCGGUACGCCUUCGGUGUCCUCAGUAUCGCAGCUUUUCUCGGUCUCCACGAGUAUGUCACCUGGCGACUGGGCCGCAUGGCCAACUCCUUCGAUCGCAAGGGCUUCUUUGCAUCGUAUACCCUCGCCAACGUCAUGGACGGACUUCUGUGCAGCCCUUCUAGCUCGCGAAUUCUCACACUUAAGUCGCUCCUCCGUCACGGCGUGUCGGUCAAUCUGGCUAUGUCUCCCUCGUGGUAUCAGAACCAACCUAUUGCAGACAUCGGCACCGUGUGGCAUAAUUACCUUUUCGAGCUGUUCUGCGAGCAGCGCGGAUUCGACCUCGACAGCACCUCUAUCGCAACUCCUCAUACGGGUUUCAAAGAUGCAGGUCGUACCGCUGAUCCCAUGUCAACUUUUCGAGAGGGAAAUUGGCAUGUGAUAUCCACCUGUCUAGAGGUGGGAGGCGCUGACCCCGGCUUUGCCGUCUUGAUGAUGGAGAACUUCUCAGAGGCCCAGGAAGGUGACAUCCCGGCCAACUACCUGGGGCUUCUUCGCUGCUUCGCCGAAGUCCUCCCACCAAGCUCCCCACCAAAGCACCCCUUCGACUACCACCUCAUCCAAGAAAUUUUACAAACCCACGCCGAAGCGCGUCGAAAAGAGCAAGAUGCCGCCGCCGCAUUGGGGCUUAUCAAAAUGCAUGAAAAGGGAAUAUAUUCAUCGGCAGGCGGCGAGACACCAAGCAUCGGCACGCCCCCUUCGAGCCCUCUACGGCAACCCGUUACCUACAUCCAGUCUUUCCAAUCCCGGUACAAGACCCUAAAGCUUCGCCUCUCUCUCGCUCUUGACGAACCUGAUCCCGCCCCUAACCAACCUCCUGAACAUAUCCUCGCUUGCCGCAUAUCUCUAGAAGACAUCAUCAACCACCUACGACCUCCCUCUCAAGCCCACCUCCUAGACCUCUUACAAACGGCCCACCUACUACGAAACCCUCCUCCAAGUUUCAAGGACAGAAUAAUGAACCUCCCGAUGCGCACAAGAACUGCCCUGCGGCUAGCUGCAAUGGUGUUGUUGCUCCUGGUGGAAGUGGUAAUGGAGAUAAUGCCGAGACCGCGGAGCGUGAGAGCAGGAGACCUGUCUAUUGCCAAGAGCUCCACGACUCGGAUGGUGUCUCGCUAUAUAUACAUCUUAAUAGAGCUGGUUCUUGUUGGGUGUAUAGCUGUGCUUCUUGUGUAG